CUCUCCGCGAGACACAACAAACCCCCACUCCGCGGCCACUGGCGCCAGACCUUUUCCUCGCCCCUCGGCGGGGGUAAUCUGAGCGGGUGUCUGGGUCUUUUGGUUGACAGCUGUCGUGAGUAUUAAUUAGGGGUUUUAAAAUAUAAAGAUGUAGGUUGGGACCUGUUCGGGGGGGGUCUUGGUGUUUUCUUGAGAUAAUUGGGAAAAUGUGGAAGUUAGGAUGGGUAUAAAGGAAAACAUGUGAAUGUUUCUCGAAAUUAGAAAAAAUUUUAACUUUUAUUUGUGGAUUUAUUUCUUGAGAGUACAUUCAAUUUUUAACAUCUGACUACGAUGGACCCUAGCGGUUUAGAUGACUCUUUUGAAGAGCAAUGGUUUGGUGAAAAUGUUUUGCCUGAAAAUUUACCCGUUUUAAAUAACGACCCUUUUUUGGCACUGCAAGACGAUGAAAUUCGACAAAAUUUCUAUGAAGGUAACAUUCAAGUUGGUGGGGGAAAUGAGCCUGACGCAGAAGUAGAAAAUAAUAUUGAGGAAAAUGUGGUGGAUAAUAUUAAUGAAGCUGUUAAUAUGGAUCAAGGAGAACAACCCCGUGCGCUAAUUCAACUCAAUUAUGGAAGGCAGCGACUCCCUCGAUUUUUAAUGGAUAAUUUCGAUAUGGAAUUUCGCAUUGCAGACCCACCCGCGGGUCAAAACCCUAUUACUUGGACUAUGAAGGCCUUUAGAGAAUUAUACGACUGCAUCAUUGGUGUGGGGAGAUAUGGGCAUAACCGCUUCACGAUGAGCUUCAGUUUUGAAGGUAUAGAGAAUAUGCCUGCGUAUCAAAGAUUACGUCAAAUUGAUGGAUACACGUUCGAGGAUCUAUGGAACUUGGUUUCACAAAUUAGUCAAAGUGCAGGCGGAUUCAACGUAACAAAUACGUUCCGUAUCAAGCUAUAUAUCAUUGACGGUCUUGGAGGCAGAAUGUGGACCCCUGCUGUUGAUUUAAUAAGGCCAAAAGGUGUAAUGAAGUUGUGUAACACAGAUGAAUAUUGCUUACCUAGAGCACUGGUAACGGCGAUAGCGGGUCAAAAGAAAUUACUCAAAAAAGCAUCAACAGGCCCACUGUUGGAGGACUGGGAAAUUAUACGUGAUUAUAGACGUCAACAACAAAAAUCUCGCGCAAUAGAAUUAUCAAAUUUGGCUGGUGUAGCGGUCCCUAAAGAAGGAUGUGGGCUCGAGGAAAUAAAAUCUUUCCAAAAUUAUUUGAGAUACCAGGGAAUGGCUAUCAUAGUGUAUAGUGUUGAAAAAGAUAAUAGUGCAAAACGAUAUCCAAUACUUUUUAAUGGAACUGAACAAGUAGUUGAAGUCUAUGGAAGUGUAGGGGUUACGCUAAGAAUCCUUUACUACCCACAGGUAAAGCAUUUUGAGUAUAUAUACGCAGUUAAAGGUUUACAAUCUGCUAGACAUUAUUGUGAACCAUGUUUAGUGAAGUAUAAAAAUCAGUACAGUCACAAAAACUGCCCAUACUCUUGUACCAAAUGCUAUGCAAGAGGUGUUUGUGAUACAACCCUGCGUAAAAUAACAUGUGGCAAGUGUAACCGCUUUUUUUACGGACAGCGUUGUUAUGAUAAUCAUUUAAUCAUAGGGUCGUAUGAAGGUAAAGAUCAAACUGUGUGUGAUAACGAGCAAUUUUGUUUAACUUGUCACAAAAUUAUAUUUCCGAAAAAGAUUUUACACAGUUGUGGGAAAUUUUUGUGCUCCACAUGCAAAGAACUUUGUGAUGAAGGACAUUUUUGUUUUAUGACACCUGUUAAGAUACCUCCAGCAACUAAACAGUGUGUAAAAUUUGUGUUCUAUGAUCUUGAGACGCGUCAAGAUGAUAAAUUUCAUGGAAGUGAAAAGAUGAACAUUCAUGUACCAAAUUUAUGCGUCGCUCAGCAGGUGUGCAAUGUGUGUUGUGAUACUGAUGACUUUGAGUUGGGUAAGGAACGUCCUUUAUGUGACCAGUGUGGCGUUUGUGAAACAAUUUUUCAUGGUGAAGACUGUGUCAAUAAAUUUGUAGACUAUGUCUUAGAAAUAAGUAAACCCAAGAGUUGUAAGAAGGUAAUUUGCAUAGCACACAAUGCUAAAGGUUUUGAUGCGCAAUUUAUCCUUACUGAGUUGUUCAAUAGGCAGAUAAGAGAUAUUGAUACUAUAAUGACCGGUACUAGUGUUACUUUGAUUGAACUCAACAAUAAAAAAAUUAAAUUUAUUGAUAGUCUGAAUUUCAUUUCGGCUCCAUUAUCAGCUUUACCAAAAUCAUUUGGCUUUGAAGAUAAAUUACAAAAAGGAUACUUUCCCCAUUUUUUCAACACCAGCGAAAAUCAAGAUUACAUCGGAGUAAUGCCUGAUAAAAAGUUUUACGGUUUCAACACUAUGUCAGAGAAGACCACACCUCCAAAAAAGUCGGAAAAAGAAGAAUUUCUCGCAUGGUAUGAGAAAAGAGUUAAUACGAAUAAUAAUUUUAAUUUUAAGGAGGAAAUUCUCCAUUAUUGUAAAUUAGAUGUAAGUAUUUUAAGAAUUGCAUGUUGUAAAUUUCGAAAACUUAUUCUUGAGUGUGGCAAUGUUUGUCCUUUUACAGAAUGUACAACUAUUGCUUCUACCUGUAUGUUGUUUUACAGGCGUAACUAUUUAAAAGAGAAACAGAUUGGUAUUUUACCACGCUCAGGAUAUAGGUUAGCUGACAACCAGUCUCGAGUAGCAAUAGAGUGGUUAACUUGGCUCGAACACAAACAAAAUAUAAAAAUUACACAUGCGUUACGGGGUAGGGAAGUAGUAACACCCAGUGGUGUUAAACUUGAUGGUUACAGAGAAGAUAAAAACGGUCAAAAGUUCGCGUACCAAUUUCAUGGUUGCUUUUGGCAUGGUUGUAUAAAAUGUUUUCAAUCAGAUCGUAACCAAUCAGUAUUUAAAAAUAAAAAUGUAAAACACAUUAGCCAUAAUAUAAGGUAUGAAAAUACCCAAACUCAGUCUCGGAAAAUAGAGAGCGAUAAUUAUAAUCUAACCGAAAUCUGGGAAUGUGAGUUUAAUAAGGAAAAAAAAAAUAAUAUCGAAUUACAAGCCUUUUUAUCAUCAUCUAGAGCAAUAUGUAUUUAUCCUCUUAAUCCUCGUGAUGCAUUUUUUGGUGGUCGCACAGGAAAUGCAAAAACUUAUCAUGACAUUGUAGGAAAUGAAAAAAUUAAAUAUGUAGAUGUAUGUUCCUUGUACCCAUGGGUAUUAAAGCGGGGGUAUUUUCCAAUUGGUCAUCCUACUGUUUACGUUGGCGAUGAAUGUAGAAAUAUUUGUAAAAAUAAUAAUAAUAUUUCAACCAUUGAAGGAUUGAUCAAAUGUAGGGUUCUCCCACCUAGAAAUUUGUUUCAUCCUGUACUUCCUUACAGAGCACAUGGAAAAUUAUUUUUCCCUCUUUGUAAAUCAUGUUGUGAUAAUUUAGUCCAAGAGGAAUGUUAUCACGAAUGUGAGUCAGAGAGAGAAUUAUACGGUACAUGGGUAUCAUGUGAGCUCCGUAAAGCAGUAGAAAAGGGGUAUAUCAUACAGGAAAUAGACGAAAUAUGGUCAUAUGAUACUGUACAGUAUACUCCAGGGGAUGAAAAUAAUAAAGGUCUCUUUGUUGAGUACAUCAAUACGUUUUUAAAAAUCAAACAAGAGGCUUCAGGAUGGCCCUCACAUUGUGUAGAUAGUAAAUCGCGUCAGGAAUAUAUUGAAACUUACGAGGCACGCGAAGGUAUUAAAUUAGACUCUGAAAAAAUCGAAAAAAAUCCUGGGUUAAGAUCAUUGGCAAAGUUGUUUCUAAAUUCUUUUUGGGGAAAGUUUGGACAACGGGAAAAUAUGACUAAGAAAACGAUAGUAAAGGAUUACAAUGAAUUAGCCGACUUAGCUUUUAACCCUGAAGUUCAAAUAACAUCAUUACUACCUGUAAAUGAUGAAACAGUUUUUGUUUCCUGGCAAAGUAAUUCUGAGUGUUAUACACCAUCAGAUCGCGCGAAUGUUGUAAUUGCUGCUUUUACAACUGCACAAGCUCGCCUUAAGUUGUACAGUUACUUAGAUAAACUACAAGAAAAAGUAUUAUACUAUGAUACCGACUCUGUUAUAUAUGUAAGUAACGGUAACAAUGAUUUACCUAUUGGUGACUUUUUGGGUGACCUGACGGAUGAAUUAGAAACUUAUGGAAAAGGUAGUUAUAUAACAUCUUUUGUGUCAGGAGGGCCGAAAUUUUAUUCUUACAUAGUUAAAAAUGGUGAUAAGACUAUUGAGUGUUGUAAACUGAAGGGCGUUAAAAUUAACGGUGCUACCGAAAAUUUCAUUAAUUACAGCACCGUACGGUCACUGGUAGUCAAUAAUUCUGACUCGUUCGAUGUAGAAUACUCAGGUAUACGUAGAGAUCAAUAUCAUCAAGUAUUAACCAAAAAAGAAAAAAAGAAUAUACGAGUCACUGGUCCUAAAAGACGUAGGGAAGGUGAAGCCGAUACUUUUCCUUAUGGUUACAAAAAGAUUAGAAUUAAAUAA